AUGCUAGUCAAUGGAGUACAGACGAAGCAAAACUUCAUUAAAAAUUGCAGCUACUUACCUUUGUCACCAGUAAUCAUUUCAUCUAUUAAAGAAAAGAGAAGUAGCAUACUUAAGGAUAACAUCGAUAGUUUGUUCAAUAGAACUCUAAAGAUAGAUGUGAAGUCUUAUGAUUGUUUUCACUCAACAGGAUUACUGAUUUCCAAGGAUGAUGCAUUCGAAAAAUAAAGAACUUAUCAACUUGCCCACCACCAAAAGCAGAUAAAAAGUCUCGAAGAAGAGAAGCAGUACAAUGUUGGGGGUUAUACAGAAGAUAAGUUUGUUGCCGGAAAAACUUUGGCCCAGUCUACUCCGAUUAUCGUUUCAUAUGCUUCUACUGGGAAAACUCUUUGGGCAAAACUUAUAGAAUUAGAUACUUGCAAAAGUGUUGUCAAUCUUGCUACAACACCUGAUUUCAAAUAACUCGUUUCAACUUUCGAUACAUAUACUACUUAUGUAUUAGUAUAAAACUACCUGACAGGAAAUGUUACCUCGAUUUUUAAAAUUGGAAUGUCAAGUUGGGGAUAUACACCAUUUGGUGGAAUAACUGUAAAUAAACAAAAUGAAUUUUGGGUUGGAGCAAGAGAACCUAAUGGCUAUAGGUUUAAGAUUGCAAUUUUUAGGUUUUAAACUUUUGGAACCUAAACAUCUUUUACAAUGAAAAAUUCUUUAAGACUUUAAGAUUUUGAUGAUUAGAUCAAUUGUUUGAAAUUUACUACUGAUAUGGAUUAUGUGAUUUUUACUGGAUAUGCUCAAGAAAAUUCUGCUUAUUUUUAUCCAGUGAUUAUUUCAUAUGAAAUUUCAAGGCGAAGGAUAUCAGACAUAUUUGUAUAAGGUUAGAUGUGGUCUAUGUUUACAUACUACUAUGUUUUCGACUAAUUGAGCAUUCUUGAAAAUUAAGAUGAUUUUGAAAUUGGAACAAUAGGCUAUAAAUACACAGGCACUUAUAGCUAUUUCUCGAUGAAUCUUGCUUCAGAUUAUAAAGGCUUAGGUAUUUUUGUUGCCACACCUUAAAUAACAUUUGUAUAUGCUCUUGAUUUACUAACCUAAAUUCAAUACGUGAUAAAAAUAGAGUUCCCAAAACUUGGAAUUAGUAAUGUUAAAAUUACGAAUCAAAAAAUACAAAAUUUCUCGCCAAACAAUGUCUAUUAUUAAGCUAUUCAAAAAAGUGAUGAUUUAUAACCUACUUCAUUUGAUCAACUAAACUGGCUAGUUGUAGGUGUCGGCUUUCAAUAUCUAGUGAAUACCUCAAAUAUUCUUACCUAUGACUCUGCUUUCUUACUCUCAAGUAAAAACUCUAAACUUUGUGGAAUGACAUACACUUAUACUCUAGGUGAAGCUAUUACUUUACAAAAGCUACAAACCUCUAAUAAAAUAACUUUUUAAUUUCAGGAACUCAAGACAGAAUUGACCAUUUUUGAUGCUUCUUAAUCAAUAGUUUUAUCAGAUUUAAAUGUAUCUUAAAGCUAGUUUUGCCCAAAAUACACUAAUAUAUUAAGUUAUCCUAAUUCUACUAUUACUACUUGCUAAGUUUCAAAAGGAAAUCAGAGCCUAUACGUUGUUAAAAAUUUUGUCAUCUAGGGUACUUGCUCAGACGCCUCAAUCGGAUAUAGUUUUAGCUCUAAUUCUACAUAAAAUUAUAAUCCUAGUCUAUUUACCUUCACAAAAUCUUCAAUGAUAAUUAAUUGUAAUCCUACUUUGAGUUCGUAAGUUGGAACAUACAACUUAAGUCUUGUUGGAACUUUAUCAUAUCCUUAAGCCUACGGGCAAGUCAAUCCAAUAAGUAGAACAAUUUUUUUCCAAGUCAACGUAGUGGAUGAAUCAUGCAAUACAGCUACACUAAUGGUAAUAACUCCUAAGAUUUAUAACAUGACUUACAUAUAUGGAUACCCAGAGAUGAAACAAUUAUAUAGCUUUUAAGUAUCUGGGGGAGAUAAAUGUUAGAUUGAUUACAAAUUAGUUGAUAACUUAGGGAAUCAAAAUACAGUUCCAAUAGUCUUUGAUAACACAAGCAUCAUAAUAUAACUGAAUAACGGAAAUCAAGAUAAAGUAAUGUAAUAUACAAUUAUUGCUAGUGUUCAAACUGCAGUAUUAUCAUAUGCAUCUAAUUCAUUCUUUAUAAGCUUUGUUUCUCAAUAAUCUGCCUGUUUAUCAGUUCCAAUCUCUUAGCAAACUAUAGUCAACAAUUUCUCUUACUCUCUGAAUCAAGGAAAAGUAAAUUUGACGAAUAUAACUUAUUAUUAGGGUGAUGGCUAGAAUUACAGUUUCAAUGUUUUGGCAAAUAAUCAAAAUUUUAACUUAUACAUCGCUAAUGGGGGGCUUCCUGUUACUUUUGAAAUUCAAAUAAUGGUUUACAUUGAAGAUUCUACUACUCAAAUGAGCUGCACUCCUGUAUUUAGUGUGACUAUAGAUGAUAUGUUGUGCUAUAUUGCUGUCUUAACGCCUAAAUCAUUCAAUGAACAAGUUAGCGAAUACACGAUACUAGAUUCAGCAUUAAUUUUGACUUUUGACUAUUGGAAUGAUGAAUCGUUCUAGUGCGGAUCAUAUGAGUAUAGUAUAAGCUACAGCAAUACCUUCAUUUCUGACAUUUUUGUAUCAGCUAAUCUAACGACAAGAUCUGUGAGAAUCUAUGGAACCAAUCUUAACAUUCUAACCUAAGAUCUUACGAUUACACUUAAAGGUAGUAUUUUUAACGGCAGAUACGCAUAAGUUCAGAAAUCAAUAAAAAUAAUCAAUCCAUGUUAAGAUUUGAAAUUGAAUUUAAUCUCUAAUUGUGAGACCACAUAUUAUAUAAAAGAUAAUGCCUAUGACUAUUAUCUUCCGUAAUCUACUUUGAACUUGAUCCCAGAAGAAAAUUGUCCAAAAAACAUUGAGUACUAAGUUAAGAGAAGUGGAUUUAAAAUCUUGUCCCAUGAAGCUUUUUACACUAUCCCGAUUCCUAAUACUUGCACUGAUCUAACAGUCGCAGCUUUUGUAGAUGAUAGAGUUAUUCUUCCAAAAUUUAUUCAAUAUUAGCCUAAAUUUAGCCAAAUUUCUAUUAAUUCUCAAGAUAUCAAAGAUGUGGGAGAAUAUAUUGUAACUAUUGGCGGAUACGCUUCAGGUUAUAAUAUUAACUCUACUUUCUCUCUUAAAAUGCUCAAUCCUUGUAAGGAUGCAAUUAUCAAACCAACUUCAAUCAAAGAUGUGCUCUAUUUAAUCGGAUCAGGUGAGAUGUAAGUAAAAUUUCCCUCUUGGAAAUCUACAAUCAAAGAAUGCAAUGGUUUUACUUAUGAAGCUAUGAACGAAGAAAAAUCAUUACCUGUACCAGAUGUCAUUAAUCUUGAUGCAAAUAGUAGAACAUUCAUAAUCAAAGUUGAUAAUAGUAACCUAGAUGGCAAAAAUUACUUGAUAAAAGUCAUUGGAAGAACAUUUUAUGGAUUUCAAAGGACAGAAUUUGUAUUGACUCUCACUUCUACGUUAAAUUAGGCUAGCACUAUCGCUGUAUAUGGUGGAAAGAUAAUUGACCUCUCUAAAAUUAAAAAAGACUUGACAGCAUCUAUUAAAUAAAUAUCAAUGGAUGGGCAAGUUCAAGUUAAGUUUUCUAAGAAUAUGCUCAACUUUAAUGAUACUACUGCUAUUAAAGUAUUGGCUGCUAUGGCUGGAGUAGCUAGCUCAUCAAUCACAGGAUCGGUUACAAUAAACUUGAUUCUAUCCAUAGUACUAGGUGUCAGUAUGAAAAACUUGUGGAUGCUUAUGAACACCUUAUAGAUCUUGGUUAUGAUUCCAUUAUUAUGGCUUUCACUUCCUGCUAAUUUAACAAUAAUGUGCAAAGCCUUAAUAGAUAUUGCUAACCUUAAUUUUAUCCCAAAGGACACUAUUAAUGAGUACGUUAGAAAGUUUUUAUUUAAGACGAAAGGUUACUUGAAUUUUCAAAUAGCUGCUAAUAUUGGAUUGUUAAAUGCUAAUGAUGACGACAUUUUAAAUACCUUAGUUGCAACUUUCAUGUUUUUAAGUUUGUUCAUGAUUCCUUUUAUUAUAUUAUUUUUAAUGAGAAAACACUUUGCUCUUUUGACUUUCUAAUAUUACUAUAUGCCAUUUGACACUAAGAAUCAAUAAUUCUUCGAGAUUUACAAUGAAACUACUAUUUUGCUAGUAUCAUAUUGCUUACUGCCCUACUCACAAGAUUACUUUACAGAGGAUAUACUAGACUUAAGAACUAAUUUAGGGUGGGUAAUAGUUGGAAUCAUAGGCAUAAACAUUCUAUUAAACUAACUAAAUCUAAUUGUUUAAGCAAUACUAAUGAUCUAUCAAAUAGUUAAAAGGAAACUCUAGCAAAGAAAGCUGAAGAAACUGAAAGAAUAAUAAGAAAGGAAAUAUGCCUUAUAGGAUUAAAAAAAUUAAGAAGAUUUUAAGAAUCUAUCAUAGAAUACUUCUCUUGAUUUACAUUCUUCUUUCGACAAUAAAACUAUUGAUGAUGAGCCUAAAGUCCUAAAUUCAACAUUUGUAAAAUAAAAAACAAAGAAGAAAUCAUUGGAUUUAAGUAAGGGAAGAAAAACCUUGAAAAUGAUUAAGGAUCUAAUCAUACCAAAGCCUGCAAAAAAAGCAAAGAAAAAGUUUAGUUCAAAUAAAUCAUAAGAGGCUAUAGUCAAGAAUAUUCAAACUGUCUAAGAGGACCAAUUUAUAGAUAAAAUUCACUAAGGUCCAAAUUUAGUAUUAGAAAAUAUUAAGAUAUUGGAAUAAUCAAAUAAACCGAAAAAGUCAUAGUUUGGCACUGCUAAAACUGGAGGAAAUUACAGUAAUAUGGAGGAAUUAGAAGAUGAUUUUGAUAAUACAAAACAAGAUUUACUAUAUGUUGAUUUCCUCAAUAAUGCAAAACAAGAUAUAAGUUUUCAGCAAAAGAAAUCAAAGUCUUAGUAAAAUCUUCUUGAGCCAAUAAAGUAUUUGCAACCUGAAGAUAUAGCUAAGAAUAAAAUUCUGAAAGUUGGCAAAAGAGAUAUUCUAUUGAAGUAAUUUCAACAUAAAUGA